AUGCAGUGUGUCCUGAGUAAACAAGGUUGCAGUAAUAAAGGAGUUUUCUCAUGGCUUCUGUGUGCAGGAGAGUUUCUCUGUUCACAGCUUCACAGGUAUGGUCUGACAUCACAGCUUCAGAGGACGGGUCUGACAUCACAGCUAGACAGAUUGGGUCUGACAUCACAGCUACAAGCACUGACUGAACUGAAUCCUCCGGUCUUUGCCAAAGUGAACCGUAGUCUAGCCCUGGACGAGCAGCCGAACAGAGAAGAGUGUGAAAGCACUAUGAAGACUGUCCUGGCUCUGCUGAUGUUGGUAUCCCUGGCAUUCCACAGUCACGCACUGAAGUGUCACUCAUGCGUAGCGUCCAAUGAGGAUGAUUGUACUAAACAAGGAUCCACCACCUGCCCUCAAUUCGCUGACGCCUGCUCCACCAUCACAGGACAGAACACGGUGAUGAAGUCAUGCUCCUACAAAGCAUUCUGUGAUAAGGCCCACAGUGGCAACUCUGGAGCCAAGAUGGAGUGUUGUUUCACUGAUGACUGCAAUGGGCCUCAUAAGGGCCACCAGCAUGGGGAGCACAAAAACACAGCUGGAGUCCUGGGAGCCAGCCCUGCUCUGCUACUUGGGGCUCUGAUGCUCCGCAUGGCCCUCAGCAGGUUCUAAAGUCAUGAUCAUAAAUACAUUCAUCCCUUUAUCUAUCCAUGUAUUCAUUAUUUCAUACAGCCCUACCACGAAACCAUUUAUCCAUCCAUCCCCUCAGUGUGUCUGCAGAAUGCUGAUGAACUAGGGUUUGGUGAAUCAUACAGGGAUUAGUAAGAGUGUGUGUGUGAUUCCUGUGUGGUGGGGGGUGUGUCAGUAAAGCACAUUCAAUCAAGUUUAAAGACAGAUGGAACUGAUGUAUCACUCCGCAUGAUUCAGCUCUGUCACAGUUGUGUGUCCGUAACCAGUCAUAUGCACAAACAGAUGUUUGAAAUGAUCAGAGAGAGGAUGGAACUCCUGUAGUGUCAGUAGACUCUGGGUGGAUGUGAGCCAGGCUGGGGUUAGAACUUUAGAUGUAUAUACUAUGUUUAUACCUGGGGCAGAUCUAAAAUGUCACCCAUGGUAGCCUGUGUGUAUGUAUGAUACUGUUGGUUAGUGCUGGGCUCCCAGUAGGCCUAGUGUUAGGCUCGUUCCCACAGUAGCCACAUACGCUAGGGCACUCUUCAGCCUUCAGACUCCAAUCAUCAUGAAUUAAACAGGAACUCAACACUGAAAGACAUGUUGGUACUUGUUGGUCCAUUGUUAAUAUUGUUAUGCUUCAAUACUUAUUUAUAAAUAAACAUGCUAUUACAC